ACCGCAUGAUCCUAACAACCUGGCCCACUUCCAUCAGCGAGCAGGGGCGUGGACGAGAAGCACCUGUAUAAAAAGAGAUCGAGAGAGACACGCAGCAUCCACACCUGCCCGAGAGCUGAAACAUCCCAGAGUUCCAUCUCGACCUCCACCUGCAAAACUUCAUCACCCUGCUGCUCCACCCAACCUCCAGAUAAGGGGUUCCAUCAUGAAGACGGCUGCGCUGAUCUUCGUGCUGGCAGUUGUUGCCAGCCAGGUUGAGCUGGUUCUGUCCGCGUUUCUUGAGAAUGGAGACAUGGUGGAUCUCACCGAAUGUCCCGUCUUCUUUUAUGGAAAGGAAUACACGGAAACAGAAGUGAGGUUUGCUUCUGAUGGCUCUUUUACAUUUUGUUUCGCUAACUCUGGCAUCAAAGAGUGUAUUUGGCUGUCCAAUAGUGUGGGUGCAACCAACCUGGUCACACGAGUCGAAGCCUUUGGAACAGGACCUCCAUCCGCACUUCAUACCGCUCUAGAAAGUAUAACAGACGACGCAGAAUGCACACAUAUCUUAAAGGUCGGCAGCGCGGAGGGGUUCUACAUAAUCUUAUAUUUACGCAGAUUGCACGAACAAACAGGUCUUAUUAUUGAAACACUACCCGGCUUUCCUUCAAGGUCCCUUGACGUGAACACAACGUUUGAUGGCAUAACUCAAGAGACAUGGUCGUUUCUCGUCACACGCAAACUCAUGUACUUGGACCUGAGCGGAUGCAGAACCUCCAACAUUUUCGAUUUCUCACCGAGUAUCAACCCAAUUGAUUGCACAGCCACGUGUUCUGUUGAAAACAAAAGCGGAGUGACAGUCGAUGUUGUCACGGGAUGUGAAUCUCCGGAAGUUUGCGAUGGAAACGGACAAUGCAUUGUACCCGCUCCCGUGUGCACGGUGACGGGCUCCACUGUCAUCGAUUUCUUCAACACAGUCCACUCUGUCCCUGAUCUGUGUGUUUACACGCUGUUGAAAAAUCCAGAAAUCGAAAUCUACGUGGGUUUCAAUGUGCGACACCUUGAAGAGGAGCCAUUUUUAAAUCACGUGAUUGUCUUUAUGAUAGCGACAUCAACAACAAUAUAUCUGGAACAAGGUGUCAGAGCUCGGGUUCUGACGGAAAUCCUGAAUCUCACCUCCACGCCUCAGACGCUUCACGGCGUGGAGGUCUUCAAGGACGACAAUGGAAUUACUCUCAAGACGCCUUCAACCCAAACGAUAAUCCAUUUUGAUGGGGACACCGCACAUGUGACAGGAGGAGAUGGAGAACAGUCUGGCGUGUGUGGCAACCCCAUGUCUGACACUGAAUCCCAAACCACCCUGGUGGACUCAGUCAACUCAGCUCAUUCUACGUCUGGCUGCGAUGCUUCAAAGAGCACAGACGUGGCCAUCACGGCGAACUGCAGCGCCUCAGAUGAUUACUGUGAUCUCAUGUCUCAGGCCCCCUUCACUGAUUGCACGCUCAUUGACCCAGAGCCCUUCAUAACCGCAUGCAAAAGCAUCGCGUGCAAAUACACGGAGGACGAUCGGCCAGCGGACUAUCCUGCCUGCCAGUAUAUGCAGGCUUACGCCAAGGCCUGUUUCCUGAAAAGUGCCGCCACACUGGGGGACUGGAGGUCAACGGCCAGCUGCUCUACUACCCGUCUGGCCUCCUGUCUCGACCAGGAAUGCACGGAUCAUGAGUUCUGUGCCGGUGAACCCGGCUGCUUCUGUCGGGCCUCAUUCGACCAUCCAAGAGACGUUAUAGCCGAGGCGACAGUCUGCACGCCGAGCUCUAUCGAAGUAACAGUGGUUGAAUGUCUUCUGUGGGAAAACGGCGUCGACCCCACCACCUUACACCUCAACGACGUGACCUGCAAAGGUGAAUCGGACCCAGAGACCGGCAUGAUGACAUUCCGUGUCGAAGGGGACGACUGCGGGACGGAGGUCACGAAGGACAACGCCAGUCUCGUCUACAAGAACGCGAUCCUGAUGGGAUCCAAACCCUUGAGUGACAUCACCCGCGAAAAAAUUGUGGAGAUCGACUUCUCCUGCUCUGUCACACCGCCAGAGCUCCAGAGUGUGACUUUUAAGAUCAAAGACGGCUCUGUGUUUCAGACAAUUGAAGAUGAAGAAUUGAGUUACACUCUGACGAUGUCCGCCUACACCGACGCCAACUUCAACUUCAUGAUCGAUCAAGACACUGACAUCGAGCUGAACCAGAAGGUCUGGGUGGAGAUUAAGACGGAGGACCUGGACGAAAACACGGUCGCCGUGGUGACCGACUCCUGCUGGUUAACCACCGACGUGGACCCUACCAGUAGUCCUUCACACUACCUGGUCGUCGGCGGAUGCCCGAACCCCGAUGACCUGACGGUGGAGAUGGAGGGAAACGGACUUGGACUGUCCAACUCCUUCUGUUUCCGCAUGUUUCAGUACACAACUGGCAAUGCGGGGAAUUCUGAACUCUACCUGCACUGCCAAGUGGUGCUGUUCCCCAAGAGCACCCCUGCUCCGACAUGCGGUGGCUUGAGGAAACGCAGAUCUGCCAGGCCUGGAUAUGCAGGGAUGGCAAGACCUCCCAUUGGUUAAUAAUUAGGUGAAGACAGCUCCCCUUUUGAUGAUGGUGAUUCCUGACUUAAACUGGAGCCUGAAAUGGAAUAUAAUCUUUGGUGAAAUAAUAAAAGUGAAGAGUGCAAUGAAGAACAUUAUAUGAAGAAGGGUUUAAAGGGUUUUAUUUAGCAGUUGCACUACUUCUUGGUACUGUGGGUUCUUUUGGAAUAUAUAUAAUUCCUUCUGUAAUGUACUGUUCGCUACUUUAAGUGUGAACAGCCUGAAUGUUACUGGAAACAGAAAGAGAAUAUCUGUGUUUUAUUGACAUGAAGUAAAAAUACGUUUCUCUGCCUGGAUUGUUCGUCGAUUUAAGUGACUAAAAAUUAAGCUAUUCAGUUAAGCGGAUAGUCUCCAGGUGAAUAUGGUUAACUAAAAGAUAUCCCCAUGGAUAUCACCCACCGAUUACUUAGAAGAAGACAAUAAUGUGUGUAUUACAAGUUUUCUUAAAUUAUAUGUUUAAAUUUGCUGAUGAGUUAUUAUCUAAAGGUUACUUUUGGUGAAUGAGGAAUCAACUGACACAAAUAGACAAAGUAGAAAAAAGAGGGAAAAAAUGUAUCAGUGCAUGAAAAACAAUGUAAUGCCUGUGAUGUCUAACUUCAAAAUGGUGGCUGUAAUAACACUGAGGCAAGCUGCUGUACCAUGAUUAUGCAUUAUUACUGUUAUGAGCAAAAGAAAAAGAAAACAAAAUUAAAUGGGUGA